ACAAAUUUAUUUAAUUAUUUAUUUUUAAACAUUUCAAACAAUGAAGAAAAGAAAAUCAAUUUUUUCCCUCAACUUUAUCACUCUAUCACUACCAGCAAACAACGGUUCUUCAAUUGAAAUAAAAGAACUGUUUAAUUAUCUCAAUUUACUCUCGAUUUAUAGAGAAAAUCACGGAUUGAAAGCUCGUAUCUGUUUCAGUUGAAAAGGAAGAAAUUCGAGUAUUCAUGGCGGGAUAUUUCGGGGUGUUGGUGUCAGAUUCAUGGCUGCAGAAUCAGUUCACUCAAGCUGAGCUCCGAAGUUUGAAAUCAUCGUUCACGGCGAUGAGGCGAGAGAAUGACGGCGGCGUGAAACUGUCGGAGCUGGCGGGGAAAAUGUCGAGGCUGAAACACGUCGGAGAGAUUCUGACGGACAAUGAGAGAGCUGAGUUUCUUCGAGAUGCCUAUGGGAAUUCGGAUUGUGAUGUCGAUUUCGAACUGUUUCUGAGGGUCUAUUUGAAACUUCAAGGACUUGCAACGGAGAGGAGGGGAAGUGGAGCCAGAAGUGCUUCUGCAUUUUUGAAAUCUCCAACUUCCGCGCUGCUUCAUACAAUAAGCGAGUCUGAGAAAGCGUCAUACGUUGCACACAUCAACAACUAUCUUGCUCGUGAUGAGUUCUUGAAGAAAGACCUUCCUGUAGAUCCCACGACAAAUGAUCUCUUUGAGAUUGCCAAGGAUGGAGUUCUUAUCUGUAAGCUUAUUAACAUUGCUGUACCGGGAACUAUAGAUGAACGAGCAAUAAAUACAAAGAGAAUGCUUAAUCCAUGGGAAAGGAAUGAGAAUCAUACCCUAUGCCUCAACUCUGCCAAGGCAAUUGGAUGCACUGUUGUCAAUAUAGGGAAUGAAGACUUUAUUGAAGGAAGGAAGCAUCUUGUUCUUGGACUGAUCUCUCAAAUUAUCAAGAUACAACUUUUAGCAGACCUCAACUUGAAGAAAACCCCGCAAUUGGUGGAGCUGGUCGAUGAUAGUAAGGAUGUGGAAGAGCUUAUGAACUUACCACCAGAAAAGAUUUUACUCAGAUGGAUGAAUUUUCAGUUGAAGAAGGCAGGAUACAUGAAAACAGUUACGAAUUUCUCAACUGAUGUAAAGGAUGCAGAGGCUUAUGCUCAUCUCUUAAACGUUCUUGCCCCCGAACUCAGUAAUCCUUCUACACUAAAAGUAAAAGAUCCUCUUGAAAGAGCAAUGUUGGUUCUUGAGCAUGCUGAUAGGAUGGGCUGCAAGCGAUACUUAACGGCAAAAGAUAUUGCCGAAGGUUCUCCAAACCUCAAUCUUGCCUUUGUAGCACACAUCUUCCAGCACAGGAACGGACUAUCAACUCAAACAAAGCAGACAUCAUUUCUUGAAAUACUACCUGAUGACUCACAGAUCUCAAGAGAAGAAAGGGCGUUUCGCUUUUGGCUCAAUAGUCAUGGGAAUUCCUCAUAUAUCGAUAAUGUCUUUGAAGAUCUUAGAGACGGAUGGAUUCUCCUAGAGACACUUGACAAGGUGUCCCCCGGCAUAGUUAACUGGAAAAUAGCUUCUAGGCCACCAAUUAAAAUGCCAUUCAGAAAAGUCGAAAACUGCAACCAAGUAGUCAAAAUCGGGAAAGAAUUGAAGUUUUCCCUCGUCAAUAUUUCUGGAAACGACAUUGUUCAAGGAAACAAGAAGCUAAUAUUGGCCUAUCUCUGGCAGUUGAUGAGAUGCAACACUCUUCAAAUGCUUCAACUCUUGAAGAACUUGAGGUGCCGCCACUCGAGUAAAAAGGAAAUUUGUGAUGCUGACAUUUUAGGGUGGGCUAAUAGCAAGGUGAAAAAUUCCGGGAGCCAAAGCCGUAUGGAUAGCUUCAAGGACAAGAGUUUGUCUAGUGGACUCUUUUUCCUCGAGCUACUUAGCACCGUUCACCCCAGUUCUGUCAACUGGAGUCUUGUGACAAAAGGUCUGAAUGAUGAGGAGAAGAAGAUGAACGCAACCUACAUUAUAAGCAUUGCAAGGAAACUCGGGUGCUCGAUUUUUUUGCUACCUGAAGACAUAAUAGAGGUGAACCAGAAGAUGAUCCUCACAUUGGUAGCAAGCAUUAUGUAUUGGAGCUUGAAAAAUCCUUCUUUAGAUGAACGCGGCCCUCGUGCAUCAUCUUCAUGGAGUGAGACGAGUUCAAGUUCGAGCUCGAGCUCGACAAUGGAAGAUACUGCCUCUGAGUCAUCCAUAGAUGACAUUGCCAUUGAAUAACCGGUGAACAAAAUGCUCAUUUGUAUGUAGUUAAUUUCAUAAUUUGUAUAUCCAUUAUUUAUAUUUAAAGUGAGUAAUCUUAUAAUUUUUUAUAUACUGUAUUCGUAAUUUUCUCAUCUAUUUUUUAUUUCUAAGGAUAGUGUCCUGAUUUAAUACGAAGGUGUAAAUAAAUGGAGUCGGAUUGAUUUGAGUAUUUCGAUUUAUUUUAUUUUAUUUUUGUAUUUUGU